UGGACAGCCGUGUCGUAAUAGGCCAAAAGCAUACAAGACGACGCUGUUUUGGUGCCUGACGGGACGUCUACACUCGGCUGAAUACCCUGCGGUCACGGCAGAGAGCUCCGCGACGCGUGUGUUGAGCUGACGUGCACGCUCUCCGAGAGGCGCUUGAGUAAAUCAGCGCAAUCUGCCGCAUGACUCGCCUCCUGACCACCUUCCUGAUGGCGAGCAGGGCGAGCGGCCUCGCUGGAGGCUUCCUGAAAAAGGCAGCAGACACGCUGCGCGCCGCGUCCGGCGGCCCACCGCCGCCCGCACUCCAGCUCGACGCGGCGCCGAGUUGGGAGACCCUGCAGCAGGAGCUCGAGAAGCAGACGCCCGCCGAAGAAAUAGAGAUAGCGCAACAGGUCGCCGCUGGUCGAGGGCCACCGACGGCAUCCGCCAACUUGCGCCUGUUCGACGCCCCCGACGGCUACGAACCUCGAGUGACGCUGUAUAGAGAUGGGUCAAGUUGGUGCCCUUACUGCCAGAAAGUCUGGAUGCAGCUGGAGGAAAAACGCAUACCCUACAAGGUCGAACGCUGUGUGGAAAUCAACCAGCGUGUUGGGUGCGCCGACGAUUCUUCAGUUAAGUCAUUUCUCGGCGAUGACGCGGCCGUCCUGGCUCGGUCGAGCAGUGAGGAACCGGCACCGCCACGCCACCGAGCAGGCGUCGCGUCGAUGGCGUGGAGGACGACGCGACGACGCAGCACGAACGCGCCGUAAAAUUUUGAUUUCCACACAGGUCGAGCGCAUUAACAUGCGCUGCUACGGCGAGAAGCCGGCUUGGUUUCAAAGAGAAACGGGCGGCCUGCUCCCCGUCGUGCGCCUCGACGGCGACCUCAUCACGGACAGCGUCUCCAUCAUGUUCGCUCUGGAGCGAGCGUUCGCCGACGACACGGAGUCGCUAUUGCCGCCGGGCGGCCUCGACGAAAUAAGACCGCUCAUGAAUCUGGAAUCCCAGCACGCCGGCGCCUGGCUCGGGUGGUUGCGAGCCCCUCCUGGUGGCGGCGGCGGCGCUCGUAGUAAUUACGAACGCGUGCUCGAGCAGAUGGACGGCGCUUUAUCAUCAACCUCUGGUGGAUUUUUUCUCGGUUCAGAGCUAUCUUUGGUAGACUUGUUGUUCUGCUCUUUUCUAGAACGGGCCGAGGCGUCUCUGUUGUACUACAAGGGCUUCCGCGUGCGCGAUUCUACAAAGUAUCCAAAUAUAUGUGCCUGGUUCGACGCCAUGGAGACGCGACCCUCGUUCCGCGCCUCGCAGUCCGACUAUUAUACACAUGCGAUGGACCUGCCGCCGCAGCUCGGGGGCUGCUCGGCGGAGUCGGGCGGCGAGGCUCAGAGAGCUCUACUCGAUGGAGGCGAGUGGACCCUCGCUUCCCUAUCACAACAACCGCUCCAGCCGCUGCGCGAUGAUGAUGCAAGCGCGGCGAAGCGUCGGGCCGCGCGGCAGUUGAUCGGGAAUUACAAGCGGGUGGUCCCCUUCGCGUGUCGCGCCCACGCGCCGCCGGGCGUGCCGCCGGUCAUGGCGCCGCUCGCGGAUCCGAACAACGCGUCGCCCGUGCGGUGGCACGAGGACGACGUCGAUUGUGCGCUGCGGCACGUCGCCCAUUCUUUAUUGAGGGAGCCGGGGUCUAUUCCAUUGCAGGACGGCGGCGACGACCCGGCGCCGACGGCCCGCGCUUUGGAGUACCUGCGGAAGCGCGUCGGCGUGCCGCGGGACAUGGACUACGAGGCGGCGCGGCAGUUCCGCGCGCACCUGUCGCACGCUAUUGAUGAGCUUGUUGCGUAACACAGUAUUAACAUUAGUUGGA